GGAAAGUCGGCUGAUAGCAUGGCGGACCGUGCGUUAACGCAGUUUCCUUUCACAAUUUCGUUUGAACAACGGUUCAACUGCCUCAUCUGCUGGGCUCCGAACCUUAGGAUGAUUUAUGGAUCUUGUCAGCAUCGUUUGUGUGAGAAUUGCUUAUACGAUAAACUAGGUAACAGGAAAGUCGGGCUAGAAAGAUGUCCUACCUGCCAACGAGAGAAUACCUUCCCGCUGACAAAACCAGAUAUACCCGAGGAUAAUGUUGAAAUUCAAGCUCAUCUAGGAGUGAGAAAGUGUCCAAAUGGUCGUUGUAACUUGCAGAUGUGGCACUGGGAGAUACCCGAUCAUUUAGAAAUAUGUCAGGUUGUUCCCAAGUCUCAGUCUAUACAAAAGAAAAGAAAAGGUGCUGAUGGUUCAAACAAUGUGUUUGAAAGAAAGACCCCCAUGGCACUGAGAAGUCGUAAAAGUAAAUCACCCAACCUUUGUUCUGAUAAAAGACUGAUUCGAAGGAAGACAAGAUCUGGUUGCAGAAGAAACAUUCAUCAUUCACAAAAUAGGAAAUAAAAUAAUCACACCACAUAGGGUUCAUGCAUUGACUUGGUACAUGUAUAUUGUACGAUAAGGUAACAAAAUGUUCUUCACGAAUUAUUUUGGAAAAUCCCUUUACAUCAAACACUGCUGAGAAACAAGAUAUAAUUUUUGGACAUAAAACAAUUCUACAUAUCUUGUGCUGUUAUUAAUAGAUUAUUUUCAACGUACAUAGGGCAUGAUUUUGAUCUUCUUCUUUGAUCUUGCUUUUUUUUAGUAAGCCUUGUGACUUAUGCUUCACUGUAUUACAAUAAAGCGAUAGAAGACUUAAUCUGUGUCUACAUGGCCUCACCUAGGCACAUCAACCUAUGAGAGUCAGGGUUGUCAAUAAGGUUGAAAGUAGAUAGCAAAUGGAGAAUGGUAGGUGGCAAAAUUAACAUAGAUGGGAUUUCAAAAAUAAAAACUAGGAAUUCUUCA